CCUCUGUGAUUUAAAACGGAGAGAAUAAAUCGUUUUUGUUUUUUCUCCCCCAAGUUUCUAUUGAAGAAAUUAAAUGAAGCAACAAUGGAGACAGGAGCGUCGUGUUGUUGCGAGUGUUCGUGUUGCUGAGGGAAAUAUUCGCGUGAGGUCAGGGGUUAUUAGAGGAGUGGGAAUGACCGACACUCCACCCAGCGAUGGACCCUCCCAGAGUUCGGAGUUUGACAUGAUGGGUGCUCUGGACUGGAAGGACGGUAUCGCCACUCUCCCAGGAAGUGACAUCAGGUUCCGCAUGACGGAGUUUGGGACUCUUGAGAUUGUCACAGACCCAGAGGUCAAAGGGCGAACGGCAGAGCCUAAACGGGAAACCUUGGACCCAGCUCCGACUCACACGCCCACCCCUCCUCCAGAGGGCCAAUCACAGACGAGCAAAGCCAAAGUUCCAGCCAAUCAGGGUCAGCCAGGAUCAUCUCAAGCUAAAGCUUCUGGUCCUGUGCUUCUGUCCCUAGCUGAGGGCCCCAGUGUGGAGGAUGGUCCCAGUGUUGAAGUUGGCUCCAGUGCUAACAUGGGCCCAAAUGGGGAGCUUUCAAGGUGCCGGGCCUGUGGAGGUCAUGUUUCACGGGAUGCCCUCUUUCAGGGAAGGUUCUGUAGCUCCAUUUGUGCACAGCCUUCCAGCGGCAGAUCAUCUCCAGGGGAAGCACGGGAGAGUCAGACAGUUGAAGGUGAGAGGCUCGGCAAACGUGUGCGCAAAAAGAGGAAGAUCUACAUGGACUCUGGUGAUGAAGAGGAGGACAACCAAGAGGAACCAGAGGAAAAAGCCAAGAUUCCCAAAGGCAGGAGAGGCUCUAAGAUUGCAAAACUGGGGACCGCCCCUCCCACUAAGAAGCGUGCUUGGAGCUGGCCUGCUUACAUUGAAGAGGAGAAGGCCGUCGCUGCUCCUGUUAAACUAUUCAAAGAGCAUCAGUCGUUUCCUCAAAGCAGGAACAGUUUUAAGGUGGGGAUGAAGCUUGAGGGACUGGACCCGUCACACCCAUCUCUGUUCUGUGUGCUCACUGUUGCAGAGAUCCAAGGAUACAGGGUAAGGCUUCACUUUGAUGGCUACCCAGAAUGCUAUGACUUCUGGGCAAACGCUGACUCGUGGGAUAUGAAACCAGCGGGCUGGUGUGAGAAGAACGGACACAAGUUGCUGUUGCCGAAAGGUUGUAAGGAUGGAGAGUUUAGUUGGAGCAUGUAUGUGAAGAACUGCAGAGGGCAACUGGCCCCGAAACACCUUUUCAAGAGCCUCAACACAUCUGUGACUCCGUCUGGAUUCAGAGCCGGGAUGAAGCUGGAGGCGAUUGACAGGAAGAAUCCCUCGUUGAUCUGUGUAGCAACCAUCGCUGCUGUUGUCGACAACCGCCUGCUCAUUCAUUUUGACAACUGGGAUGACACCUAUGAUUACUGGUGCGAUGCAAGCAGUCCGUACAUCCAUCCUGUUGGGUACUGUGAAGAGGCCCAGCUAACUCUGACCACCCCAGCUGGUAAGACACAGACCAAGACACAUGUGGAAUAUAAACAACCUAAGAGUUUUUCAUGGGAGAAGUACCUGGAAGAGACGGGAUCACAGGCGGCUCCUGCUCGGGCUUUCAAACCGCGACCUCCUCAUGGCAUCCAGUUCGGGAUGAAAGUGGAAGCUGUCGAUAAGAGGAAUCCAAUGCUCAUCCGUGUUUCAACGAUAGUCGACACAGAGGACCAUCGACUGAAGAUUCAUUUUGAUGGCUGGAGUUCAGAGUACGACUACUGGGUGGAGACAGACUGCCCCGAUCUGCACCCUGUAGGGUGGUGUCAGAAAACAGGACACCCACUACAGUACCCUAAUGGCUCCAAUGAAAAUAUAUUGACUGCCCCAGGACAAGGAUGUCCUACCCCAGGAUGCAACGGGGUUGGCCACAUCAGAGGACCUCGCUAUGGGACACACUACACCCAGGUGAGCUGUCCCUAUUCUGAGAUGAAUAUGAACAAGGAGGGCCUGCUGCCAGACCGUCUCAGCGGAGAGCGACCCCUCGCCCUCAGUGGACCUCAUCCUCGCGGGCGACGCCCCGAUCUUCACCCCAACACUACGACGCAGACCUCCUGUACGCCUGAGCCGCCCGAAGGAGCUGAGGACUCCCAGAACAGGAAACCCGGGACAGUGGAAGCUGAGCGUGUAGGGCGCAGCAACCAGCCUGAGCCACCGGGGGGAGCCAGCGACCAGAGCCACAAUGGAACGAGACCUAAACGGACUGCACCAGUUCCUAAAUACCUGAAAAUGCACUAUGUUAAAGAGGAGGUCAGCGACAGUAAAGCCUCUCCAGAUGCCAUCUCUCUCCAGCAGGCCCUCCACGAGUCUGUGUUCUCCCCCGGCCUCUCUGCCUCCCCCCCUCACCGGGUGGCUCUCUGCUGGGACAAACACUGCCAGCUGCUGCCCGAGGUCCUGGGGCUGACUGCCAAGAGAGUGGCCACUUGGAGCGCCGAGGAGGUGGCCAGUUUUGUCAAAGGACUUCCUGGAUGUAAAGAACAUGCUGCUACUUUUAAAACAGAGCAAAUAGAUGGCGAGGCUUUCCUGCUACUCACCCAAGCGGACAUCGUCAAGAUCCUGUCAAUCAAGUUAGGACCCGCCCUGAAGAUCUACAACUCCAUCCUCAUGUUGAAGAACGCCGAUGAAGAGUGAGACCUGGCUCUGUGAGGAAUCGCUUCCUCAUUUCCAGGCUCCUCAGCUCCAGUCUCCUCAACAAACACUCGGCUGAAGAGAUUUGAGAUUGAUUUCACGUUUGCUGCAUUGAUGCAGCUACAGAAAAGAAAAGAAAAGAAAGCCAUGAUCUUGAAAAACGUCCAUCUAACCCCACCCCCAACCCCCCUGCCCACCUCCUCUCGUCUCUCUGCGAGGGGCACUGGUCGACCCUGAGGGAAGAUACCAUGAGGAGUCCACUUAUAUUGUGUUUGUUUACCUACCAAAUCAUAUACAAAAAAAAAAAACUACAGCACCUUUAAGGCUUCUUAAUAUUGUACAGAUAAUGACUUGGAUUUAGUGUCUCCAUUCUGUUGCAUUUCUUGUUUUAUUUGAACGGUAUUGAAAUGGUGCUUGAGCUCGGUGAAGAUUGAACAAGCGUGUUUGUGGUUUGUUGCUUUUUACAUAGCAACCGUAAUGCGUGUGUUUCUUCUUUUUUUUUUAAAGCUGCAAAAUACAAUCGUGGGGUGUCGAGGUUUUUCAAUGUGAAACCCAGUGGAGCAGAAGCACUAUGUAGUUCAGCCUUUCUCCUCUAGAUGGAGAAAGUGAGCCACUCCACAGGCCCAGAGGCAAGAGAGUUGGGUUAAUUUGGAGUUGGCUGAAGUUAUGGUUGAAUGGGAGGGGGGUAUCAAAUUAGUGUGCAUUUGUGUGUGUGUGUUUGUUUGAGAAAACGAGGAUGUAAUUUCCCAGCAGCCUGUGUGUGUUGCUUCUCUGUUGUGACAAGCAGGGCUAAGGGCUAAUUGUUAAUUCAAGGAAACUUGCAGUUUGUUGCUGUGGAGUGAAACAAUGAACCAGCUUGUGUUUGUUUGUCUGUUUUAUUUUUGGGAAUGGCACAUGAAACCGAAUGUUUAAAAAAACAACACAUCUAUUAGUUGUUUUGUUGAUAACGAUCAUUUUGUUUGGUUCAAAUAACCUCUUGUCAUUCACGUUGUAAAAAGUAUAUCGCUACAAAACAGAGCGUCUCUGCUUCGUUCAAGAGUUUACUCCUUUUUGGUUAUGCUAAACCUUGACAUCUGUCUCCAGGGAAGGACAUUGUGACAGUGGACUGAAAACACAAGCCUGGAUUCCUGCAUAGAUUUUGGGAAGACAAAAACAGAAAGAAAAGGAAAGCAUUGCCGGUGUCUUUGUAAAUGAGCGUGCACUUCAGCCAGUUGGAAUGUGUACAUCAGCAACUGUUUAUAUGCAAACAGCUUUUAUUUAUGUAUUCUAAUUUAAGGGGUAAUGGUACGCUGGCUGCUCUGGAGGGAGAUGUGGCUCUUUGACGGAAUGUGUGAAUGAAUGAAAAUAAAUGAGAUGCACACUG